AUGUCAACAUGUAAAUCCCUCCUCCGAGCCUGUCCCUCGCAACGGACCACGCCGUCGCUCCUGCCCCUCACGCAAUGCCGCUUCGAAUCCACAACCCGGCGACACAGAAAACUGCUCGCACUCCCCGAAGCCCCAUCCUACACACCCGACCGCUCUGCGCCCACACUGGUCUUCAACCCCCCGUCCUCGGCGCCAAACGUCUACCACACCCCGCUCAAGUUCCUGCCCAAGGAAGAUAAGCGGAGAACGCUAUACGCUGCCGCACAGCAAUACGCAACCAAACUAGCACAUACACGCCAAUCCUCACCCAUUGCCGCACCCGGCACGCCGCUCAGCACAGAAGCGUUUUUGCCGCCGCGCCCCUCUGCAUCCCUGCCUGCGCCGCUGCGGAAGCCGUACGAGAAGACGUACCAUCUCAACGAGGCCGACAUUGCAGAGAUUAGGAGGCUGAGGAGUGCGGACCCGGAUACGUGGACGAGGGUUAAGCUGGCGGACAAGUUUGGCUGUAGUCAGUUCUUUGUGGGUAUGGUGGCUAAGAAUGAGAAGAAGGCGGAGAGGGUGGAGAAGGAACAUGAGGCGAUGAGGAGGAAGUGGGGGACGAGGAGGCGGGAGGCGAGGGAGGACCGGGGGAGGAGGAAGGUGCUUUGGGGGAGGGACGCUUAG